AUGUGCGAGUCAGGAGCGACCGUUGGUUAUCAGUUUCAUGGACUACAUUAUAACAUCAGGAAGACAGACCUCGUCAAAUACUCCUCUCUACCCUCAGAAGAUUGGAUAGACGAACUUAUCAACGCCGGGCAGCACCAUGCGAGCAUGGCUCAAGCCGAGAUCGACGUGUUUCUGGCUGCAGUUGAUGGGCGCUACUCUAUGCGAGACAGCGCAGGCGAUAUGGGCACAGCUGACUGUUGCUCGAUCCUCUACCUAGCCACACGAUGGGGCUUCGACGGGUUACGCGACAUAGCCCUCAGCCGUCUAGAGGCUCUUGCAGACCCAGUAGUCAAGCUCAUGAGCGCGAGGGUGUGCUCGGUCACACACUGGUACAUCCCGGCCUAUACUUCACUAUGCUUGCGUGAUGAGCCUCUCUCCGUUGAUGAGGCUCGGAAACUUGAGCCGGAGGAUAUGAUGCGUAUAUUCCAUGCGCGGGAGGCCAUCUUUCGAGAACGUCUCGCUGCAACAGAGGUCGCUGUCGCAUCACAUUUCUCGCGGAUCAUGAACCCCCCUGUGGAUGAUCUUGGCCCUUUGCCUACACUAUCUUCUCUAGCGCACGUCUCUGAGCCGGAAAAUUCUGUCGAAAACGAGAUCACACCUGGCCUUGAGCAGCCCUCAUCUGAUCAUCGUCUCUCUGUAUCACCUUCCGCUGCCCUUGCUUCAGGUGCAUCACAUGAUGGCGAUAGUCCUGUCGAUCGAAGUACAGCCCUGUACAUUGCCCAGAAACCCGAUGAUGCGGUGCAGCUUGUUACGCCGGCUAAUUGUAAAGCGAUAACGCGCCGAUUGCUCAGGAUACCUGGUUACUUGUCCGGCACUGCUGCAACGCCGGCGGUCUACGAAGACCGCGCAACCGCGAUUGCCGUAGCGGCCAUGCGCAGAGGCGUUCGCGAUCACGAGUUCAUACCUGCUGGCGUACACCUUGUGUGCACACUCGUACGGCUUCAGCCGGCCGUAGAACACAGGCUUGCCUCCGAAUUGCGAUGUCUCGAUGAGCAUUUCAAAGGGUUUUUGCUCGAUGAUGCAGAGUUACCACCGGGGGAUGCGGGUUCUAUUAUGCCUCGCGCCUCGUCUGCGGCCUACGGGGUUGCUAUCAAGAAUGGCAAAGCGUUCAUCUCAUGGCUCCUGGAGCAAGGCUUGUUCAGAGAAUAUGCAUGGAUGCGGCAGUCGCCGCUCUCGCAAACACACAGUUGCACGGUAGCAUCAUCCCCUCCUCCGGACCUUCCCGAAGGACGCAAGCCGCAGCCCGACUAUACUGGAGCGGGCCACGACUAUCCACCCAUAACAUCGCCUGCGAGGAUCCGCGAACGCGCAUCGGGUCCGACGAUUGAUGCUUCGAGUGUUGCCGCACCCGCCCUCGUCGUCUCCUUGCCUGACAGCGCAGCCUCUGACGCUGAAGCCGCGCUCGGCAUGUUCCUAGAAGACAAGUAUGACAGGGCCAUACAGCUGGUCUCUCCGGUCAACGUCGACACGAUUACAUCCAGACUAGCGAGUGCGUCAGACUUCUUGACAGGGCCUAUGGAGGAAAAGAAACAGCGCAAACGGUACAAGAAGCGCACGGGUGCCAUCGUGUUGGCAGCUAUGCGCCGUCACGCAUAUGAUCCCGCAUUCCUGAGCGCCGGAUCACAGCUCGUGGUCGCCGUCUUGCGCAUCUGCCCGGACGCGGAAAUGCGUGUAGCGAGUAGCCUGCAAUCGCUCGAGCAGCGUUUCAGAGAUUUCCUUCUCUCUGGGGGUACUGUUGUACCACGGAUCGAUACAGGAUGUCUCGUUCCUCGCGAGUCGACUACUUCCUAUCGGGCCGGCAUGAAGAACUCUCAGGCGUUCGUGACCGCCCUGCUAGGUCAUGGCAUAUUUCGCGGGCCUAAAUGGCACAAACGCUUGCGGUUUUUGACGCUAUCCGCGUACGACUCAGAUCCAUCCGAUGAGGAGCACGUGGCCGUCGAGAGUUCGCUCGGGCAGCCCAGCGGCAGCGAGAGACCAGCUGGAGUUGUCGAUUUCGAUGAUGAGUGGUCGCCCAAUAGCGGGAGUGCUUCUGCGGACGCGGCGAUCGCCGCCAUACUCGCCAAGGACUAUGACCUCGGCGUCACCUAUCUUACGCCGGAUAAUGCUUCGGCAAUCUGGUCUGCACUGUCCGAAUCAUGGCCUUCCGACCAGAGUCAACCUGGACGCCUACUUGCCACAGCCGUCCUGCGCCGCGCUUUCCGCGACCCUGACUUCGCAUUUGUCCCUGCUGGCACGACUCUCCUCUCUGGAAUCACCUCGGCAGCACCUGCGAUUGGCAAGCAGAUGGUGGGGAAGUUCCAUGCAGUGUUGACCCGAUGGAAGCGCUUUGAAGCGUCUAAUGGUGACUGCUCGGCUAUAAAGGCUGACCCAGGAUGCUUCAUGUCGGACGGUCCACCGUCUUCCAUCGAACCUGAGGUCUACCAGGAGCGCAUAGAAAGGGGCAAAAAGGUAAUACGAGCGCUGGCGAAGGAGAAGGCGUUCAUUGGAUGCGAAAUGGGUCUUCAAAGCGUCAUGAUACAUAUGCAACAGUGGCACAGGAAACGAGCCGUUGACACCGGAGUAGAUGCAGUAGAUAUGAAUGGUCAGCGUGAUUGUAUGUCAUAG